CAAACUAAUAUAAGAAUGAACAACAGAAAUGGAAGCGGUGAUAAAUUUUCCAAUAACUAUGAGAAAGAUCGAAAGUCAAAUUCAAAAUCGUCAUUAGAAUUAAUGGUGAUUUUUGCACAAUGAAAAAUGAUCGAAUUGUGAAGUUUUUUUUAUAAAAAUCGAUACUCCAUAUUUAUCAAUUCUUUGGGAGUCUAAAGUCUGUCUCGAUCCCUUUUUUUAAUUUCAUGUUGAUACAACAAACGCCCUAUAAAGAUGUCAUUGUUUUUUUCUUAAAUGUAAAGAAAAAGAAACGAUAUAUAUUCUGAAAUUUUGUUUUACAAAUUGGUUAAAAUCACAUUCAGCUUUCCAUCGAUCAAAAAAAUUACUUUUUUAAAUGUUUGCUUAAAGUUUUUGUGUUUUAUAUUUAGCUAUCACAUAAAGAAGAUCAAUUCCAAUCUAUUAUAAAUAAACUCAACAUUCCAUUAUCUGGUCUUGAUAAUGAGUAUACACGGCGACAUCUUCUAGAAGAAUAUACAACUAAAUUUUCAAAAGCAAAAUAUUUACUUGGCAAUGCUCGAAAAAAACAACGAAAAAUAAUUAUCACCUAUUACGAAGAAAAAGAGAAACAAGAUGAUCAAAAUCAGUUACAAAUAGUUAAAGAAUCAUUAUUAAAUGAAAAUGAAAAAAUAAAAAAAUUUAAAGAUGCUCUAAGAAAUAAAAUUCAAAUAUAUCAACAGCGAAUAAGAUUUUUAAAACAUAAAAAGGAUACGUUGUCUGGUAUGUUAAUGGAAAAUGAUGACGGAAAAUAUUAUAUUGAUAGUAGAGGAAAUGUUCAAAUAAGAGCUAAAGAAUUGCUAGUCAAUGCAAAAGAAGGUAUAGGCUUAAUUUCUCUAGAGAAAGACUCUAUCAUCAGUAAACGAUUUAUAUUCGAUGACUCUUGUCCUAUUGUUAAUGAAGGUCUUACAGAGGAUAUCGCCAUUGAAGACGAUAGUAUACCUAAAAUUAUACCACGAAUGGAAAACCAUGAUGACGGUGAUGAUGAUAAUAGUAGCAAUUAUCCAUUGACAGAAGCAAUGUAUAAAUAA